AUGGCGGCAGCAGCAAGUCGUUUCAGGUGUCUGAAUGCGCCUCCCUUGCGCCAGGCCUCGAGACAUCUCAUCUCGGCUUCCUCAUCACGCUCUCUCGCCACCGAAGCUCAACCCCCAGAACCGGCAGCACCUCGAAGACGCCCAACAUACUUUAAGGAUAAGCUGAAUUCCGUACCAUCCUUCUCCGAAUUCAUCGGGUUACAAGAAAAGCCAUUGUCCCCCGAAGAUGCGCUCGAAUUACGCACCGCGAUGGUCGGACCCCCCGGCAAGAAGAAGCAGAUUACACGACUGCCGGAGUGGCUAAAGACGCCCAUUCCAGACAACUCGAACUACAAGAAGAUUAAGAAGGAUCUGCGGGGUUUGAACCUGCAUACCGUGUGUGAAGAGGCCCGGUGUCCCAAUAUCUCGGAUUGUUGGGGUGGGAGCGAUAAGAGCGCUGCUACGGCGACGAUUAUGCUGAUGGGCGAUACAUGCACGAGAGGGUGUCGAUUCUGCAGUGUUAAGACUUCAAAGGCGCCUCCGCCACUGGACCCGCAUGAACCAGAGCACACGGCAGAGGCAUUGUCAAGAUGGGGGUUGGGGUAUGUGGUCCUGACGUCUGUUGACCGGGAUGAUCUUGCGGAUGGCGGAGCGAGACAUUUCACGGAGACGAUCAUGAAGAUUAAGCAGAAGAAACCGGAAAUGUUGGUUGAAGCUUUAACCGGGGAUUACGCGGGAGACUUGGAGAUGGUUGCGAUGGUGGCGAAGAGUGGACUGGAUGUCUAUGCGCAUAAUAUGGAGACAGUGGAGGCAUUGACUCCUAUGGUCAGAGAUAGGAGGGCUAAGUACAGACAAAGCUUGGAAGUUUUGAAGGCUGCAAAGAAGGCCAUGCCGACACUGAUCACAAAGACGAGUAUUAUGCUCGGUCUGGGCGAGACAGAGGAGCAGCUUUGGCAGACCCUGAAAGAUCUCCGUGCAGUAGACGUUGAUGUCGUAACAUUUGGGCAAUACAUGCGCCCGACUAAACGCCACAUGAAAGUCGAGGAAUACGUCACCCCAGAGGUCUUUGAACUAUGGCGACAACGGGCACUCGACCUGGGGUUCCUGUACUGUGCUAGUGGGCCUCUCGUGAGAAGCUCAUACAAGGCCGGUGAGGCAUUCAUCGAGAAUGUAUUGAAGAAGAGGAAGAAUGUAACGAUAUUAGAGGGCGAGGCUGAGGGACUGGACAAGGCGGUGGUUUGAAGAGAUUAUAGAUGUACUUCAACAUACGAAUCACCUGUGGCAUUCCAUCGCCAUUGCAUUGCAGGAGUUUAGGGCUAUAGACGGCAUCCCAAGACUAUGGAUUUCCCAUUGGUUUUGAGAAGUCCAAGAUUUUGCUGAGCCUAUGUCUACCUUUCCUGCCAAUGUGAGCUUACGGAAAGUGGAACGCAAAGCUCCGGCGAUAACCGGACUCGGUCUUCGACUCUCCCGCAACCUCGGAUCGCUUGUCGCCGGCAUAGGAGAUAAGCGAUAUAACAAGCGAAUGUCUGAUUAGCGAGCCGAGCCUAGAUAAGCGAGCAUGUUCCUGGUUGUGUG